AUGAGUGCCGUUCAAGAGGAGAAGGCUCCUAUCGAAGGUUCCACCAAGACUCACGUUCGAGACAUACGAAACACCGAGCUGGUCUCCCGUUUGUUAGCAGCAACACCCCCAUACCUUUACAGUGCGUUGCCACUCCAGCCACAUGCAUUCUUCUUCAGUGAAAUGCUCAGAUCUUUUGUGAACGCACGCCACGGGUGUCGCACACCUCAUUACCAUCGUAGAUUUAAACGUCGAUCCCAUAAAUACUUUGCGGAAAACGAGACCGAGUGGCGCCGAGAUUGGCCGAAGCAUGACGAUGAAAAGAAAGAUCCUGAGACAAGAUCAGAGGCUCCUCUCGAGCUGACAGUUGAGAAACAACCGAGGAUGCGCGAACCGUCGCCUAGGAGAUUGUCACCGAAGUCUGAACAGACGAAACCAAGCGGCAGCCCGGGCCCGCCUGGUCGUCAAUCUACAUUCGUGGACGUCGGCACAGAAGAGCUGCCUAAGCCCGCUCCGUGUAUCGGCAGGAAUCCCGUAGAUCCAGCUGUACCACCGUCUAAUUUGAUUCUACCCCCUCCUCCGCCUAUGUGGUAUCCUCCUCUUUACAAUCCUCAAUUUGGAGUCGAUCCACUCAAUUUCUUUAUUGAUCUUCGUGUUUCUGGACAUAUUUAUGAUAGAAAAAGAGCUCUCGCUGAAGGUCUCGAUUCGAAUGUCAACCAAGAUUUACGAUCGGAUGAGUCUACUUUAGACAAGCGGCUCGGAAGGGAUUUUGGCCAGAGACCGCGACAUUUGUCAGCAUUUUCUGUUCCUGUACGAUCUGGUAAUAUUAAUGUUGACGGGCCGGACAAAUAUUUCGAGCACGGUUCCAAAUCAGGGAAGCAUAAUGGCACUUCAUAUAUUAUGAAGAACUUAAAAAGAGUUUACGGAAAUCUAAAUUCAGGAGCCGAAGACACAAAAAUUGCCAAAGAGGAUGAUACUAAAGAGGAAUCGUCUGAUGUUGAAGACGAUAUUAUUGAUUAA